CUUCUAACGCCCACACCUCGGGAAAUACAAAAAUAAAAAAGCACACAAGCACACACUCGAAAGUUCACAAACUUUUUAACUGUUAUAGAAAAUGUCUCUUGUUGCAUGCUGUGUUCUACUGAGUAAAUUGGCUUUAAUUUUGUGUAUCACUGCCGUUCAAGCCGUCACCAAUGUGGAUGCGUCAUCGCGCGAUCUCGAUCAGUUCCGUUAUUGCAUGCGUAAGUCGCAGCAUCCGAGUUUGCGCGAGUGUAUCGGACGCACAGCUAUCAAUUUUUUGCAUCGUUUCGAUGAACAUGAUAACUUUACGCUCUUCAAUGACUUGGUUUCUACAAAGGAUGACAAAAUUUCAGGACGUUCGUUGGUUAAUUUUUUGGAUACAGAUCCAGUGGACUUUAGAGGAAUUUUGGAAAACGCAGGUGCCGUUAUGGGACAGCGGGGACUUGAGUGGCAUAUGGAUGCCAUAUAUCCAGGGCUGAUGUUUAAGAUCGGCCCAACUUCCGAUGCAAACAGUGUGGCGCAAUUCAUGCUUGAUCCGGCCACUGUUGAACGAAAUUUUGGCUAUGAAGAGCCAUCAACGGCUCGCCUCUUAACCAAACAAUACUUGCUACCAUUUCUGCUGGGCUUUAAGUUUAAUUUGGUCGCACUGGUGCCGCUUGCUUUCGCCGGUAUUUUCUUGCUGCUGAAGAAAUCGCUUUUCUUAGCCAAAUUCGCGAUCUACCUGAGUAGCUUUUUAGGCGUUGGUGGUGCUUUAACUGCGCUCAGUGCCGGAGCUGGUGCUGGUGCUGGUGGAUUAGGCGGCUUUGGUUUGUUUGGCGGCGGUGGUGGCGGACUUCCAUUGGGACCCUAUGCUCAUCAUGCACACUCAUUUGGUGCUGGUGAAGGUUAUCUGCCAGGUAAACAAGGUACAUUUAAUCAGUAUGAAGGCGAUGAACUGCAUCAUCAUUCCCCUUACAAACGCAACGAUCGAAAAAUACACUUCGAGAAGCCUCGUGAAUAUGCAACGCGUGCCACAGUGGUCGCAACAACGCCAGCGCCUGAUCGAUUUUACGAGUAUGAGAAACAAGUGGCUAUGAUAAAUAAUAGAAGCGCAAAGCCCAGAUCGGCAAAUGGCAAGCUAGGGCCAAGCGCUUAUGAUGACGAUGAGGGGGAGGUGAGGAAUGAGGACUUUAAGACUGCAAAUCAGGAGUACAACGGUUGGAAAGUCGUCGAAUUGAGAGCGUGAGAAGACGAAGUGUUGUUCUUAUAUUUGUAUCUUAGUUCUCAGUUUUUAUGUAGUAUAUGUAUGUGUACCUAAU